AGGUGAGUCGAGGGGCCAGAACACGCAAUAUCGAGGGGCAAUAUCGUCCCGCGGGAGCCAGCCCUCCUACACCGAUCCGUACAUUCUCUAAACGUCAAGGCAACACAGAUCUUGCAUUCUCUUGCAUUAUUCUUCUCUUCGUUGCUGAACCGGGUCCAACCGAGCACAUGGGAGUCCCUGCCUUUUACCGGUGGCUGGCAGACCGCUAUCCGCUCUCGAUUUCCGAUGUAGUCGAAGAAGAGUCGGCCGCCGGCGACGGCGGUGUUUCUUACCCUGUUGAUGUGUCGAAACCUAAUCCCAAUGGCAUGGAGUUCGACAACUUGUACCUGGACAUGAACGGUAUCAUUCACCCUUGUUUCCACCCCGAUGGCAAGCCUGCACCUGCUACCUAUGAUGAUGUUUUUAAAUCAAUAUUUGAUUAUAUUGAUCAUAUCUUUUCGUUGGUUCGCCCGAGGAAGCUUCUCUAUCUUGCAAUUGAUGGUGUUGCGCCAAGAGCCAAAAUGAAUCAGCAGCGUUCUCGGCGCUUCAGAGCUGCAAAAGAUGCAGCUGAAGCUGAAGCUGAAGAAGAAAGACUGAGAAGAGAAUUUGAGGCUUUGGGAGAGCUUUUACCUUCUAAAGACAAGCCUGAAACUUCUGACUCAAAUGUCAUCACUCCUGGCACUCAAUUUAUGGCCGUGCUGUCUGUGGCCCUUCAGUAUUAUAUACAGACUAGAUUGAACCACAGCCCUGGCUGGCGGGAUACAAAGGUUAUGCUUUCUGAUGCAAAUGUCCCUGGUGAGGGAGAACAUAAAAUCAUUCAAUACAUUCGACUUCAACGCAACCUUCCUGGUUUUAAUCCAAACACUCGACAUUGUUUGUAUGGGUUGGAUGCUGAUUUGAUUAUGCUCUCUUUAGCUACUCACGAGGUUCACUUUUCAAUAUUGAGGGAGAUGGUUACUUUUCCUGGACAACAGGAGAAGUGUUUUUCAUGUGGCCAAGUUGGUCAUCUUGCAGCUGAUUGUCAAAAUAAACCUCGUGAUAAUGCUGAGGAUUGGAAUCCAGUAGAUGACACCCCAAUUCACAAGAAAAAAUAUCAGUUUCUUAACAUCUGGGUACUGCGGGAGUACUUGCAAUAUGAAUUGGAUAUACCCAACCCGCCUUUUGAGAUUGACUUUGAACGCUUAGUGGAUGAUUUUGUUUUUCUAUGCUUCUUUGUUGGCAAUGACUUUCUUCCACACAUGCCAACAUUAGAGAUCAGGGAGGGGGCAAUAAAUUUGUUGAUGCAUAUUUAUAGAAGGGAAUUCACUGCCAUGGGUGGCUAUCUUACCGAAGCGGGUGAGGUCUUCUUGGAUAGAGUGGAACAUUUUAUCCAAGCUGUUGCUGUUUAUGAAGAUCAAAUCUUUCAGAAGCGAGUUCGAAUUCAACAGGCUGCAGAAAGUAAUGAAGAGAUGAGAGCUAGGGCAAGAGGGGAAAUACCUGAAGAGCCACGGGCCUCAGCUGUUGAUAAGGUUAGGUUAGGGGAGCCUGGAUACAAGGAAAGGUAUUAUGCUGAAAAGUUUGGUGUGUCAGGGCUCGAGGAUAUUGACAACAUUAAAAAAGAUCUAGUUUUGAAAUAUGUGGAAGGCCUAUGUUGGGUUUGUCGAUACUACUAUCAGGGUGUUUGCUCAUGGCAAUGGUACUACCCAUACCACUAUGCUCCUUUUGCUUCUGAUCUUAAAGAUCUAGCUGAUCUGGAAAUAACCUUUUUCUUGGGAGAACCGUUUAAGCCGUUUGAUCAGCUCAUGGGGACCUUACCUGCUUCAAGUUCAAAUGCGCUGCCUGAAAAAUAUAGAAAUUUAAUGACCGAUCCUUCAUCACCUAUUUCUGACUUCUAUCCUGCUGAUUUUGAGAUUGAUAUGAAUGGCAAACGGUUUGCUUGGCAGGGUGUUGCCAAGUUGCCAUUCAUUGAUGAGAAGAAAUUACUGGCUGCAACAAGGAAGCUUGAAGGCACAUUAACGGCAGAGGAGCAACUCCGGAACAGUGUGAUGCUGGACUUGCUUUAUGUCAGCCCUCAACAUGCUUUAGCUCCACAUAUUGUCUUGUAUUAUCAACUUUAUCACCUAUCAGCUCCAUUCGAAAGGCCUGUUUGGCCAAUUGACACAAAUGCUAGUGGUGGAAUGAAUGGAUAUCUUUGGCUUUGUGAAAGAAAUGAGUUGAGACCUUUUGUGUGCUCCCCUGUCAAUGGAUUGCCUCACAUUGAGCAUAACCAAGUACUAAACAUUACUUAUCUCAAUCCCCCUCGAAGCCACAGACACAUCCCAAAGCCUCCUGCUGGUGUGGUCAUGCCCGGAAAGAUUUUAAAACCCAUUGAUAUCAAACCUUUCCCUGUUCUAUGGCAUGAAGAUAAUGCAGGUCGGAGAUAUGGAAGGGAUAGGCCACAAGUACCUGGAGCAAUAGUGGGCCCUCAAUUGGGGGAAGCAGCUCAUCGUCUUGUCAAGAACACCCUUAAUAUUAAAUUAAAUAAUGCAUCCCAUGGAUUGUUGGAGCAACCUUAUCAGACCAGUCCUGGCCAUCAAGCAAUGAACAGACACACAGCAGCUGGAUCCUCUGGAUAUGGAAAAUAUUAUGCAGAGGACGCAAGCAGUUAUUAUGCACAUUAUAAUAAUCAUCAGGGCUUGAUGAGCAGGCCUAGAUUUCUGAUCUCAUCUAAUGGGGGACAAAAUGACAGACAUAAUUUUAGGAUGCAAGAUAGGUCACAGUACCAGGAACAGUUCCAUAACAUGAAAACAGGGUUUUCUGCAAUGACAAUGGAGGAAGGCGUGAGAUCUAGAUCAUCUACCAUUGUUUCAUGCAAGCCACCUGCAAUGUUAUCGAGAGCGCCUAGUUCAGGGUCAGCAUCCAAUCUACAGCAUGCACAGAACAUGGGGCCUCCAAUACCACCUCCAAAAUGGAUUAUUCAUAAAGCACCCACUGUGAAUGGAAUACAUAGCAGACAUCAUGAAGCUGCGCAAGGCAUAACUUCUGAUAAGCAAAUGAAGAAAGUUUACCAAGUUAAAACACGUCAUACCCAAAAUAUGCCAGAGCAAGGAGAUCGAUAGUGAUUGGUGUGGAUCUUGUUUUGCCUGUGUUUUGGCCGCAUUGGCCUUCCUCUCUGCUUUUUUCAAAUUGGAGAUCGCAAUAUAUUGGUCCCCCAAGUUCGUUGACCUUUUUUCUUUUCUAAUCUGGGUACUUUGAAUUUGGUGGCCCCGGGCAUUAAUCUUAUGACAAUACAAAUGCAGAGCAACAGGUGAUGGAAAUAUCCUGAACGCUGAUUUUCACAGCUACAGCGCUGCUCCGCUCUACUAGUGAGGUGCUCCCUUGAUGCUGGACCAGGCUACACUGAGUACACCCGGUGAAAGCAAGAGCACUCAUAUUGGUGGUUUUUUUCUUGCCCCCCCCCCCCAACUCUUCAUUUCAGCAAAUGAUAUUUAUGCCGGUUUCAUAGGCGGAUGGGAAAAGUUAAUUGGCUUGUGUGCUCGUUAUGUGGGCCACAGCAUGACAGUAGGGUAGUGCACUGUAUAUGUAAAACCCCUUAGGACUUUUUUUGGGGGGGGGGGGUAGGACUGAAAUUUGCUUAUAUAGGAUUAUACUGGUGCGAAUAGCAUCCCGUUGUAGUUCUCAGCCGCAGAUGUAAAUGUUGGUUCCGUCGUAGUUGGGGGUGGGGAGCGGGGACACACUGUUGGUAGCCGAAUGUAGUAUGUGCCGCAGGCAACUGGUAGGAUCCUUGCUCGAAACUAAGACUCAGCUGCCCAAAUUGCCAGUUGGGCUGAUUUCUUUCUUUUCGCACA